AUGAUCGCCAGCAAGUGCCGGGCAGCGGCUCACGCGAGCUUUGACCACCCCGGACCGGUUUUUCCUCAAAUUCUUCAUUGGCGCCUCAGUUUCCCAGCCUUUACCAGCCGCUCGAGGAACCUCCUCGAACACUCUGCCGCGACGGAGGAACUCCCGAGGAAUUCCAGUCACGCGGUCGACCCACGCCAAGCAGCAGGUAGCAGGCAGCAGGUACCACCACUACCAGGACCAGCCCAGACCAGCGCCAGAUCCGCCAGAUCCGCCAGACCUACCAACGCGAUUCAGUGGCUGGCUGCAAACUGGACCACCACGCAUCCAGCAUCCGUUCCCUCCCUCCUCAGACCCUCUCGCACCCUCACCCGAGAAUCACCCCCUGGACCACCACCACCACCACCACCACCACCACCACCACCAUCACAGCCACCCGGAGGCACCCCCCAGAUCAAUAUUAUACCCACCCAACCACCGAACCACCUCUCCGAGUCUCUGGCAUGGUUUUACCUCUUCCACCGCGAAGGUUCCAACUUCCAACUUCGGACCUGA